AUGGUGGUGAAAUCCGUUAUUGGUGAUUACCACUUGCUCAUCGCCCACAACUUCCUAUCCAAUAUUUCUCUGGAUGGAAGUCACUCCGACGCGAAGCUGCAUGUUUUCAACCGUCGCAGCGUUUUGAAGGUUGUACCCAUCACUUUUUCGGUAUACAUUAAAAGAGAUGUGUGGCAAAUAGCGAAAGAAUGUGGAGUUGACGAAUGUACAGUGGCUCAUGCAUAUGUAUACUUUGAAAGGAUCACUAUCAAGGCUUGUACUUACUUACUUACUAUACCUAUAUACGUAUAUUUACAUGGACUAAUCUCGAAAUAUAAUCGUAAGUUCGUAGCAGGGACGGCAUUACUGGUUGCAGUAAAACUGAACGACUACAAGAAGCCUGUUAUCGUAAAGAGUGCUGAGGAACUGUUGCGAAUAUCGCGACGUGAAAUGUUAUCAUUCGAAUUACCGUUGUGCUCAGCCCUCCAAUUCGAUCUCUUUCCUCCUUCUCAUCACGUAGAGCCUCAUCUUAGGAAACUCAUGUUCGGAGUGUUCUAG